AUGUCUAAUAAAGAAAAUGAAGUGUUAAUUAAUGAAAAUAAAACUUCUAAAGAAAACGAAAUACCAGUUAGUGAUGAUGAAACAUACUUUAGAAAUAUAUUAGGCCAUGGAUUUGAAGAUUAUAAUAAUGGUACUAGUAGAAAAAGAGUACUUAAAUGUGAUUUAGGAGGGAGAUAUAAUGAAAAACUUUCAAGACCAGCACUUGGUAAAAAGAAAAAUAAAGGAAGCAAAAAACGAGAAUGUAUGUGGCAAAUAAAUAUAACAAGAAAAUUAAAUUCACCAAUAGUAACUGUAACAUCAUUUAAUAAUGAACAUAAUCAUAAUAUUUAUAGCGAAACUAUUAAAUUUUCACCAAUAUACAAUUGUUUUUCACAAGAAAUUAUGGUUAGUGAUCUUACUAAUGCCAUUCAAAAAAUAAAACGGGAAAAAGGAUUAAAUUUAGGUGAUGCAGUAUCUUUAUUAACAAAAUUACUUGAGUAUCAAAAAAAAGAUUCUGAAUGUGUAUUUGAAAAAAGUUCAGAAGCAGGUACGCAAUCUACACAACGUGCUGAAUCAGAAAAUGCAUUAAUUCAAAAAGCUGUACAAUCUUCUUUUUCACUUUCACAAGUACAAGAAGUUCUUGAAAAUAGACAUGAAACUGAAUUUAUUAACAAUAGUUACUCAAUCUGGAAGACGGCCACAUUACAAUAUAUACAACCAUUCGUCAUGCAAACAUUUUUUAGUGAUAUUGAUAAUCUUUUAAAAAAAAAAUAUCUCACUCAACCUAUUCAUGAUGCACAUUACAAGCAAAUGUGUCAAUCUGUAUGUUAUCGAGCUUUUCAAAUACCCAUAGCAAAAAUUACAACAUCAGGCAAUGAUUCUUUUGAACCAUUCUAUGAUAAUUCUAGCGAAAUUCUUAUUGAAGCAGAUGAAGAUCGGGAAUUAAAUUUACAAUCUUUAAUUGCUAUUGUUAGUCCUAAUGAAAUUUAG